GAAGAAGAAGAAGAAGAAGAAGAGGAGUCCGCUUCGUUACAAUGUGUUUAGUGUUUUUACAGACACUAAAGUUAUAAAUGACAACCACAAAAUAGCGACAGUAACUGAUAGAGACGAGGGGAGGCUGCCACACGUCUACCAAAAAUGAAGCUCAACAUCGAGGGUCUGUUGGUGUAUUUUCCAUAUGAUUACAUAUAUCCUGAGCAGUACUCCUACAUGCUGGAGCUGAAGAGGACUCUGGAUGCCAAGGGUCAUGGAGUCCUGGAGAUGCCAUCAGGAACAGGGAAGACCAUCUCUCUGCUGUCUCUCAUUGUUGCCUACCAAAAGGCCUUUCCUUUGGAAGUGACCAAGCUAAUAUACUGCUCCAGAACAGUUCCAGAGAUCGAGAAGGUCGUGGAGGAGCUGAGGAAGUUGAUGGAGUUUUAUUCCAAGGAAACUGGAGAGAGCAAUAAUUUCCUGGCUCUGGCCCUUUCCUCCAGAAAAAACCUCUGCAUCCACCCUGAGGUACGAGCAGCUGUUGCAUAG